AACCGGGGACGACUCACCCGUUGAUGAAGUGGGUGGUGCCGUGUAAACAACGCGGCCGCAGUCAUGUCGGUGUUACACCGGUGUUUCGCUCUUUUGCGGACGCACUCCUCCUCGGGCCCGGUGCUGCCCGUCGGCCGGCGGCUUCGCUGUUGUCCCGGCCGGUCAGCUCUGUCCAGACUGAGCGCUGGGUCUCUCCGUCGUCCUCCGGCACCACGGACAACCACAGGCGGGACAACAUGUGGUCAUUUGUCCCCCGCCGACAGAAGUCGAGGAGUCUCAACGUCGCAGGGUGUCUGCGGCGACGCUGUUGGGAAGAUCGAGUCGACACAUUAUCAUCUUGUCUACACGUGCAAGGUUUGCUCCACUCGAUCCAAGGAGCAGAUAUCCAAGCUGGCGUACCACAAAGGUGUAGUGAUAGUGAGGUGUCCAGGAUGUGACAAUCACCACAUCAUCGCCGAUAACCUCCGCUGGUUCUCUGACCUGGAAGGGAAGAGAAACAUUGAGGAAAUCCUUGCUGCCAAAGGAGAGACUGUGAAGAGGGUAAAAGCCGGUGCUGCUUUGGAGAUACUGGUGGAUGAAUCCAGCAAAGACGAGUCACAAUGUAGUGGAGAGACGGAAAAAUCAGACAGCGACCCAGAAAAACGAUAGUAUUGUUCAUACUAUAAUGUGAAUAGUUCAAGAUGUUUAUAUUUAAUGUCCUAAUAAAUGUAAAUCUUUCUAAA